AUUGCGAUGUUGAUUUUGUUUAUAUUAUUGCCACUGGGAUUUCUUUUCGAAAUAUUUGCCGUAUUACCGAGCGAACAUGAAUUUUUGUCCAAGGGUUGGAACGUGAGGGUUGCCGUACUAGCAUUGCUGGGAUUGAAUGCUUUCGCGGCUGUACAAAAAGUGAUAUCGGUUGGGCCGAACGGUGGCUGCUCUGAUCUGCCGGCAAUCCAAAAACUUGGCUAUCGUUUCUGCAAUAAUUGCCAGCUGAACGAGCCUCCACGAUCACAUCAUUUGUGUAACAAGUGCGCAUUUCGUCGCGAUCAUCACUGCUCAUUUGUGGCAGUUUGCAUAGGUCAUUUCAAUCAGCGCUACUAUAUCAAUGCUGUUUGCAACUUCUGGAUUAUCGCUACUUGUGCAUUUCGCCGCGAUCAUCACUGCUCAUUUGUGGCAGUUUGCAUAGGUCAUUUCAAUCAACGCUACUACAUCAAUGCUAUUUGCAACUUCUGGAUCAUCGCCACUGUUUGUAUGCUAUGGAAUUGGUCAUUUAUGUGGACAGCGCUUGGUGGCUUCUCACCGCUGCAAAUUUGGGAGCUAAUUGUGCCUCAUUUGGCGCUGCUUCUUCGAGUGAUCAAUUUCAAACAGUUCUUCUGCGUGGCUGUUUUUGUCUGCUCAUUCACUGUCUUCAUUUUCUUGUGCUAUUUGAUUGUAGCACAAUGCUUUUGUUUGUUUCGAGGACAGACGCGAGUGGAGUAUCUUCUAGUGAAUAAUAUAAAUAAGCUUAACUGA